AUGAAACGGCUGGCCCUUCCGUCCGCCGCUGAUCCUCCUGGAUAUGACCUGUGCCGUGUGAUCGUCUCUCCGAUGGGCAAGGAGUUUACGUAUAAGAUUGAUAGUUCGUUUCGUCUGGAGUUACUCCUCAUUUUUAUCCUAUGUCGCCAGCGUCGGACCAUGGCCGGCGGAGAUGAUUUCACCAUCGAGGCCUUCACCCUCCUGGGGAUUGCCAUUGUCACCAUUGCCAUUCGUGUUGUCGCGCGCUGGACGACGGCGGGUCCUAAGAACUUCCAGCUCGAUGAUUACUUGAUGCCCUUGGCCGGAGUCGUGUAUGGCCUCGAAACAGGCGCCGCCUACUGCGUCGGCGCGUGGUGGCACGGGCUCGCCAAUAACGCCAUGACCGACGAACAACGUGCCUCGCUCUCGCCGGACUCGCCCGAAUACCAUCUGCGCGUCGGCGGGUCCAAGACCCAGGUGCUGGGGUGGUCGCUGUACACGACGCUGCUGUGGCUGCUCAAGGCGUGCAUGGCGAUCUUCUAUUCGCGCCUGACUGCCGGUCUGAUGAACAUGCGCAUCCGCGUGAAGCUCGCCUACGCCUUCAUCGGCGCAACCUAUAUCGCCGUGAUCCUCUCCAUCCUGCUGGGCUGUCGGCCGAUGAGCAAAAACUGGCAGAUCUAUCCCGACCCCGGGAACUACUGCCAGCCCGCAGUGUCGCAUAUCGAUGUCUAUGUCACGGUUGUGCUGAACGUCGCUACCGAUCUCUAUCUGAUCACCAUUCCGACUCCGAUGCUGUUCAAAGCCCGGCUCCCCUGGCGGGAAAAAUGCGAGCUCCUCGUUCUCUUCAGCGGCGGAAUCUUCGUCAUGGCGGCUGGCAUUCUCCGCUGCGUGCUGAUCGUCACCGCCGGCGCCAACGGCGCCUCCCAGGCCGGAAGCUGGGCCUGUCGCGAGACCUUCGUCGCCGUGAUCAUCGGCAACGCCCCCAUGAUCUACCCGCUAGUCCGGCGCAUCGCCAAACGCGCCGGCUGGUACGUCAGCACCCUGACCACCGGCCGCGGCACGCACUCGCAGAGCUACCCGCUCUCCGAGAGCGACGCCCACGACCGCUCCACCAUGCACAGCAAGCGCCGCAAGUUCCGCCACCCGCUGUCCAUCCCGGACACGCAGUGGCAGACCGUCAGCGACGAGCAGAUGAUCCUCCCCGGGCGCGGCCAGCAGCCGCCGACGUGUACGGCCGAAUGGGACAACCAGAGCCGGCGCAGCACGGACGGCAUCAAGGUGGUGCAUGAGACGAUUGUGCAGAGUGCGCUGCGGGAUAAAGAGCGGCGGUAG